UCUUUCGCAACGGAAAAUCAAAGAACCCUAAAACGCUCUCGCUCGCCAUGACCGCGAGCACGACGCCUUCUCCGACUCGUCUUCCCUCCCGCCAUGCCCUACCCAGCAUGUCGCCAAUUUGGUCCCUUCACGCUCCUUCCGCCUCUCUUCAGCCUCGCGUUUGCGUUUUGGAGCGCCGGGUUUUCUCGAAUUUGAGAACGGGGUUCGGGUCGAACCGCGAGAAUGUGCGGUGGAAUGUGGUUGGAUCCAACGGAAGGUUCGUGCUGAGAGCGGUUGCGGAUCCGGUGAGCUCUGGCGAACCCAAGUCUGAUCAAGAAGAGGUCGUUAAGUCAGAGGAAGGAGACCCAUUUGCUAAAUUCCAUGGCAUUGUCACUUCUUUGCCGCCGGUUGUUUACGUGAUGAAAAGCAAGUCUCGUGCUGGAUUUGCUUUUGCGUUAUGCAUUGUGACUGCAUUCGUGUUCAUUGUUGUGAGAGUCUUUGCGGCGAGGAAGGCAAACUACAAUCGUUCAGGCUCUGUGGCUGAUCUUGUGAGACGUGGGCAGUUGAGAUCUGAUAGAAGAGGCAUCUCCAGGCCCCUCAAAUAUGAUGAUCCAUUCAACAACCCAUUAGUCAAAGUUGGUAAGAGAGACUCAACGCUGGAGAUGUGCGGAAAGGUUUAUCGGUUGGCUCCAGUUACACUUACUAAGGAGCAACAAGCAAUUCAUAAGAAGAGAAGGUCACGGGCUUAUCAAUGGAAGAGGCCCACCAUGUUUCUAAAAGAAGGUGAUAUGAUACCUCCUGAUGUCGAUCCUGACACGGUGAGGUGGAUUCCUGCAAAUCAUCCCUUUGCAACCACUGCCAGUGACAUAGAUGAAGAUUUGGCACAAACUAAUGUGUAUCAGAAGCAUGGCGUUCCCUUCCGCAUCAAAGCUGAACAUGAGGAACUGCAAAGGAAACUGGAAGCUUUACAGAUGGACCAGAAACUUGAUAAACUCGUAAUUGAUCAGAAAAACGCUCAGGACUUUGAAAGACCCUAUAAGUUUCAAGCAUCGCCAUUAGACGGUGAGCAGGGUGCCUCACGUAAUCAAUCAUCAAAUUCUUCCGAAUCAGAGCACUCGUCUUCAACUUCUUCUAUCAGCCAAUCAUCCGCUGAGGAAAUUCAAAAGCAGUAGGGUCCUUUUCAUAGUCUGCUUCAUUUUUUACUGAGAAGUAGCUGGGAGUUGGGAAAAGAAGAGAAAAUACGUUGGUUGUAAAUUCAGUGGUUUUGUGUCAACGUAAAUAUCCCUACAUCAAUGUGAAUUUUUGCAUCUAUGUUGAAUGCCUGCUUCCCUCUUUCCCUUUUC